AUGGAACAAGGCAAAUUUCUACCGAAAAGCAGCGAAUGCGCAGGGCUUAAAUGCUCAAUCUUCCAUAAGGGGCAACCUACUACCAAGAGAAGCAUUUUGUGUACCAAUUGCUGGGGAGAUGACCACUUGAGGUUUAAUUGUGAAUAUGAGACAUGUUGCAAAGUUUGCAAAAAUCCAGGCCAUUCCCCAGGGGACAAAGCAUGUUCCAAGUAUGACACUUCCCCUAAGGAUAUAAUUGCCUUCAGUGGUAAGGAUGAUGUGAUGUCCAACUUCUACCCAUGUGAUAUCAAGAUUUUUGGUAUUUCGCAUGCCUCCGCUGAGCAUGCCUUCCAGUACAGCAAGGCCAUGCGAUCUGGGGAUCUCAUAAGGGCGUCGUCUGUCCGUAACGCCGCCACCGCACUCGAAGCUAAACGCAUAGGCGCCCAAGUCACCGUUCCGGAUCACUGGAUACAACAACGCAAAGACAUUAUGCGCAAGGUGUUAGAGGCCAAAUUCGAUCAAGUGAUUGAAUUCAGAGACAAGAUAUCUGCAACUGUGUCAUCCACUUUACUCGUGGAAGCCGCUUUUGACGACUACUGGGGAUCCGGGCUCGACAAAAAAGGCACAAUGUACACCGAGAUGAAGGCGUGGCCAGGCAAAAACAUCAUGGGCCAAAUACUUACCGACAUUGGCCGAUCACGACGUCCGAAUGCACCGCAGCGGAAACAGUCGGUAAGAAACCAGAAGAACAGAUCCUAA